AUGGCUAUCUCCUUUUUAUUCAGGAUGAUCAAUUACAACUCCUGGUGUGGGAUUUGGUAUAGGCAUAAAUACCUUUCACCUUGGAAACCAGCCUCUCCCUCUGCUUCUAAAUUUUGGAAGCUGCUUUGCAAUGUGGCAGCAAAUAUAGUUCCGUUCAUUUCCCUGUCUGUUCAUAGAAGGUGCAAUUUAUCAUUUCUUUGGGACCCGUGGUGCAAGGGUAAGGCGUUAGCUGACUUGUUUUUCUCAACUGCUCUGGAUAAGCUUAAGGUUAAUGAUGUUAUUGUUGAGAAUAGGUGGGAGCUUCCUCUUUUUAUUCCAAACGUGAUUAGAGAUGAAAUUUUGGAAAUUAACAUUUUGGGAGACCAACCGGUUAUUUUUUGGGAAGGAUCCCCCACCCCUUCUCCUAAAAAGGUUCUCUCUGCUUUCUAUGGGCAUUUGGAUAAUGUGAUAUGGUGUAAGUAUGUAUGGCAUAAGAGGCAUGCUCUACGGUAUUCCUGUUAUUCCUGGAUGGCAUUUAAAAGGAAGUUGAAAACGGCUGACAACCUCAUUGUGAGAGGAAUUCCUGUUUUGAGUAAUUGCUCUUUUUGUGGUUCAUUUGAGGAGAAUCACUCGCAUCUCUUUUUUGAGUGUGAUUUCUCCUUUUCUAUUCUUUCUAGUCUGCUGCCCAUUACUGCUAAUUUUUAUCUUAGGCCGAACAUGCUGCAAGUUUUUGAUUACUUGGAUAAUGUGAGGAAUUUUGGGAGGCUUGAAAAGCAUUUUUGUUUCCUCCUGAUGGCUGCCAUGAUUUACUUCAUUUGGAGGGAAAGGAAUAAUCGAAGAUUUAAGCAUUGCUGGACAUCUCCUAAUGGUAUUCAAGGUGAAAUUAUUAAUGCCAUUCGUGCUAAGACUAGAUUGUGGAAAGAUUUUGAGAAGCUUAAAGUUUUAUUCAGCUGGAUUUUGGGAUAA